GCCGCAGGUGCACUCCAGGUGAGGGCGUCCGCUGGCCUCCAGCGAGCAAAGGCUUCCCACUGGGAACUGAAACCAGCGCAAACCAGGAAACAAAAAGAAAUAUUCAAGCUGUCCACGUCAGAGACUGCUGAGGAAAUAGGCAGGUCAGCUUGGUUAAUCAUUACCAAGGCAGACUUCACAGACCUUCACCACUGAUCAUAUGACAGGACCUCUUCUGAGAUAAGAAAACACCCAUCCCAAGCAGGAAGAAUUGAGAAGCCUCCCUUGCUUAGAUGUUCUGACUUUAUUGUUUUGCUGUGGGAGAAGAGGCUCCACACUCCCUGUUGUUCCCAGAGCUCAGCCCAGCACAGCAGUUGUGUUGCUUUCCUGUUCUGAAGAGGAAGUGAGAAAUUCCUUCCACAUGUGCUCCGGCACUUGAAUACUCAGGUUUCAGUCCCGAUCCAGGAGCUGCCUGUAAUGAGCUCUCAGUGGGGCUCGGAGAGGAGUUUCCAGCUGUGCCAAGAGUUGUUUCAUUCUGUGCCAAAGGAGGAGGGGGAGAAGAAAUCCUACAAAAAGCUAAUAUGUUAAUGGUGCAAAAAUUGGUCUAAGGGUACGCGACUGGGAAAAGAGAAAGAAAAGCAGAAGCAGAGGAAGGCACAAGGAAACAGGAUGGGAAACUUUUGUCAGAAGCACUGCGCCUGUUUGGAGCCCUACAUCCCAUGCUUAUUCUCGGGGAGAGAUGGUGAGCAGGAUGAGAAAGUCAGCCAAGUCUUCGCCAACCUUGCCGUGGUAAGGCAUGACUUCCAAGCAGGACAGAAAGAUGGAGACAGUAAGGUAAAAGAAAAGCCUUUACCUCCACUGCCUGGCCAGCAUCUGGUGAAUAUUUGCAGAUUUGUGGCACUCUUCGACUAUGAGGCUCGUACUGAGGAGGACUUGAGCUUCCGAGCCGGGGACAGGCUUGAAGUGCUGGAUGCAUCCCAUGAGGGCUGGUGGUACGCUAGGCUCUUCCUGCCUACAGGGUCAGUCUGUCCUGGCCGCAAGCUCCAGGGCUACAUCCCCGCCAACUACAUAGCUGCUGACCAGAGCAUCGAAGCUGAACCAUGGUUUUUUGGCCCAAUCAAACGAGCAGAUGCCGAGAGACAACUGUCAUACCCUGGAAACGAGGCAGGAGCCUUCCUAAUCCGAGAAAGCGAAAGUCUAAAAGGCGAAUACUCACUUUCAGUUUUUGAUGGUGUAUCUGUGAAGCACUACAGGAUCAGAAAGCUGGAUGAAGGAGGCUUUUUCCUAAGCAGAGGCAAAACUUUCAAAACUCUGAAUGAGUUUGUUGACUAUUACAGUAAGAACAGUCAUGGCCUCUGCGUGGUGCUCAGAAAGCCAUGCCUGAAGGUACAAAUUCCAACUACAUUUGAUUUGUCCUAUAAAACUGUCGAUCAGUGGGAGAUAGACCGACAAUCUCUGAAAUUUUUGAAAAAAUUAGGAUCUGGUCAGUUUGGUGAGGUAUGGGAAGGACUGUGGAAUAAUACCACUCCGGUGGCAAUCAAAACAUUAAAACCAGGUUCAAUGGAUCCAAAGGACUUUCUGAGGGAAGCACAAAUAAUGAAGAACUUGAGACAUCCAAAGCUUAUACAGCUUUAUGCUGUCUGUACUUUGGAGGACCCAAUUUAUAUUAUUACUGAGCUGAUGAGAUAUGGAAGUCUUCUAGAAUACCUUCAAAAAGAUGCAGGCUCCCAAAUAUUCCUGCCACAUCAAGUAGACAUGGCUGCUCAGGUGGCUUCCGGGAUGGCUUACCUUGAAUCUCAGAAUUAUAUCCAUCGGGAUCUGGCAGCCAGGAAUGUUCUUGUUGGUGAACACAGUGUUUACAAAGUAGCAGACUUUGGACUUGCAAGAGUUUUUAAGGUAGAAAAUGAAAACGUAUAUGAAGCUAGGCCUGAAACAAAACUCCCAGUGAAAUGGACAGCCCCGGAAGCAAUCCGCUACAACAAAUUCAGUGUUAAGUCAGAUGUCUGGUCAUUUGGAAUACUUCUGUUUGAAAUAAUCACCUACGGGAAGAUGCCUUACGCUGGUAUGCCGGGACACCAGGUGAUCCAGAUGCUGGACAAGGGGUACAGGCUUCCUCAGCCGGCGACCUGCCCGGCGCCGCUCUACCAGCUGAUGCUGCAGUGCUGGAGCGCGGAGGCGGGCGGGCGGCCCACCUUCGAGGCCCUCUGCGGGCAGCUGGAGAGCUACUUCGAGACCGACUGCUCUUCCUACGCCCGCGCCCAGGCCGUGGUGAAAUGAACCCCCGGGCGGGGGCCGAGGGACAGACGCUAGCCGACGUGGCCGAAGGAGGGGCUGCGAAAUCAGCCUGACCUCAGGCGUGGAGGUUAUUAGGGGGUGCGGAGGAAAUCUGGUACGUUUUCAUCCCCGCACCGCUACUCGGAGGCACUUAACGUUUUUGCUGCUGGCAAGCGUUCGGCAAGACUAAGCGUCAGGAAGCUGGAGGGGCGGGGGCUUCUCAAAAAUAAAAUGUCUUCUAUUUAUUUUUAAAUGAGAGAUUGCAAGAAUGAACAAAUGAAAUGAGUGUUGCUCAAUAACCAUUGUAGCGUUUUGUCAUUUCUUUAUCGGAAUAAUUAUUUGCUGUUCCUUAGAUUUUUUGUUCCUACCGGGUUGCUCUCAUGAAGGAAUGUGAUGGCUCUGCACAGCAGGAUCUGUGCUUCCAGAGUCCUCUCAUUGUAAAAAAAAAAUAAAAUAAUCCCGUGACUGUGAUGAUGGCAGAAUCCAGAUUAAUUGCCUUGCUUAGACUUGAAGUACAUGUGCUUUUGCUAUAUCAGAAAAUAACACAGAUGUUCAUGGGAGAAAAGGAAUUGUUUUGCUUUGUGGAUGCAAAGAGUGAUCUUUUUUAGUUUGUCUACUCUUCCUCUUUUACAAGAAUAAACACAAUUAUUAUUAGUUUCUUGAAGCUGUUUCUUCUUAAUGUUGUUAAAUAGUGCCACGGAACCGAUGAGUUAUUGUGCAUUGAAGUGUAAGGAUUUGUUUUAAUAGUUCUUCAUUUUAGGGAUAUUGGCGGAAAAGAUAUCUUAACAAGAGCUCAAGACUGCCUUAGCCUUUUAGAGUGACACCCUUUCCUAUCCUGCUGCCCAAAUCAUGGAGCCUCUCCAACAGGGGACAAGGCCCAAGGCAGGUCUAGGUAUUUUGCAGAGGAACUAGCAAUCCAUGCUUCCAUCUUCACCAGAUGUAACUUUAAUACGGGAGAUUUAAAUAAGAGAUGAUCCAUUUUAUUUUGUUCCAUGGGGAAAUGGAACCCAGGUGCUUCUGCUAGCAGUCUUUACAGCUACAGAUUUUAGAAUUUUUUUGCAGUUUUUCUAAUUAACUACAGUAUCAGUUCUGCUAAAAUCUGAUAUCAGUGACAGUUUUAUGUUCUCAGUUGUGAGGCUUAGAGAACCAAGUUUUAAUUAUUUACUUAUGAUUCAUCAGUUAAUUAUUUAACAACAUAAUCCAGGAAUUAAGAGCUGUACUGUGUCAACAUAGUGUGAGCUCACUAUAAGUGUGCUACCAUUUUCCUCUCAUAUCAAAAAAGGGUAUAAAUAAAUGAAAAGAUUCAUUACCUUAAA